GGAGGACAACUAUCUAACUGACAACGCAGCUUAAUAUGCGUAAGAGUGAAACAGCACUAAUCCAAAGAAAAAAGAUGGUGUCGUCACUUCACUUUGAAUGACACUCUCUCUAUGUCAAUAUAUACCUCUAUGAGUAUAACGUGUUGUGUGUUGUCUACAUUUGAGGCUAAACGGCUAAACAAAUUUAUAGGUUAGAAAUAGAUUUGUUGUUAAACAAAGUCUUUGUUUUAUCCAUUUUAUCAGUUUACAUUGUGUAAAUUUUGGGCAAAUAAUGGCUGAAAGAAAUGUAAGCUGUCCAUUUAACCCACUACACAUCAUGCCCCAGAGUUCAUUACAAAGACACAUCAUCAAAUGUAUGGUGAACUAUCCGGACUUUGUGACCUGUCCCUAUAACGCACUCCAUCGUUUUGCAAACAAGACAUUGUUGGGAGAACACAUGACUGUCUGUGAUUCUAGAGACAAGAAGUACGUAUUUCAAGAGUUCAAUGACAACUGCCCUGCCAGCAAUCAUCAAACUGACAUUCAUACACCUGUUAAUGCCAGAGCCUUUAAUUUAGAAUUUGAAGAUUGGGAUGCUCAAUAUUAAUCUGUGAUAUUAUUUGUUUAACAUGUUGUGUUCAAAUGAUGUAAAAAGACAUUAUUCUCUUCAUGUUGAAGAUAUACCAAAGUAAUUUAAGUGCCUGUGCCGAUCGUCGAAAGACCUAAGGCCCCUUUGACUUAAAAAGUGAAUGUCUUUCAAUUCACUUACACGCAACAUGUUAAAAUGUUGAAAUUGAAGACACAAGUGAAGAAGAGGAAAACAUAAAUAUUUAUGUAUUUUUUUAUUACCCAUAGAGUUAAGCUUAAAUAAGUAAUUUGAAUAAAUUUUAAUCUUGA